GACUGACUCACGCAGUGCGCUAUUAAUAGCGAUGACACAACACAAGUGAGAUACGCGCUGGGCCUUCGUCAGAAUCGUCACUUCGCGUGAACAGGCGCCUGACCCGCACGCUCACUGUUGCUUUCUCGUUCGGCAGCUAGACAUCACCUCAGCGAACUCGUGUGAUAUAGGGAACGAGGAACGAGGAACGAGGAAGACGCAGAGACGGCACAGAUACACACUGAACAGUACUACGCAAUGCUACCAGCACAGCCAGUGAAAACCAGUGCGCUCCACCCAUGUUGCUACGAGGUGCCACCGGCCGUGCCCGCCUGCAACUGCAUGGCCGGCGAGAGCAGCUACGGCUGGUUUUGGGAUGACACAUAUGACACAGCGAAUGCGCACAUGGGUGGGCUUCGACCGUUGAGAACGUCACCCGAGGAGGUGGACAUGUCGACGGAAGAUGCCUCGGACGUCACGUACGCCGUACACGACGGAAAAACCAACAGCUGGUUACCAACACAUCGAGAGAACAUCGAGUUGCCACCCACUCCCUCGACACACACGUCUGAGCCCUAUGAGGAUGUGAGUGACUUCGAGAGUGGAAUAUUCACCUAUGCCGAUUGCCAAAGACGGCACGCGAUAGCGAACACUGUCACACCUCCGCCAGACGAUCUUCAAUCAAGAGUACCAGAAACAUUGCUGCAACAAUAUAGGGGACCAAAAAAAGCUCUAAUGAGAAGACAUUUCGAUGAACAGCGGAUAAACAAUGUGAAAAUAGAGAGUAGAGAAGAAAGUAGUAAUCGCAUGCAUUUGGAAAUUGCAUUGCCCGAACCUCCAAUAUCAGAACCUUUGGCUAAACCAGAAGGAAAAGGAAAGGUGCAUCAAAAGAAAAGGUUUGCAUGCUCACAGUGUGCGACAACGUGCUGUAAUCGAGGUCAACUUGAAGGGCACCUAAGGAGCCAUACAGGGGAGAAACCAUUUCCCUGUGCAACUUGCAAGAAGAAGUUUGCCAGAAAGGAGGAACUUACGCGCCACACGCGAAUACACACGCGUGAGAAGCCGUACUCGUGCGAGAGCUGCAAGAGGAAAUUCUCACGACGCGACCACCUCGCCAAACACCAGGCAACACACGACGCGAUGUCGCAGCGUCGGACGCACAUGUGCAACGAGAAACGCUGUGCGCGAAGUUACACUCGCUCCGAUGCACUAGCAAGGCACCGCGAGAAGGCACACGGUAUCGCCCCAAGACCCUGCCGGCUAAAGCAAAUACGUGAAUCCAGCUAGAGCACAGUUGGAGCAAAUGAUACUUAAUGACUGCACACGUUACGUAGGUAUCGAGCACGGUAUGGUCCACGCAUGAUUGAUCCAUCCCCGUGCAGGCCCAGCCGCACAAUGCUCAUUGCAGUCAGUGAUGAUGACACCGCUCAAAAAAUGACAAAACUCGGAUAUGGCCAAAUAUAAAAUUCUAUGACGUGCAAUAUGCCCCAUGUAAGGUAUCUGGUCAUCUCAACUUCCUACAGGAUGCAAUUCCACAUUCCCAUAUAUUCAAGUGCAUAGAAAUGCACUGGUCAUAUGCUUUGCAAUAGUGCAAUCUCAAUAUAUGUGUAGCCAUGAGAUGUGAUGUGAUUUCUAAUCAGAUGUUUAUAUGUUUUAUGUUAUAUUUUCCAUAUUAUCUUCAUCUUUCGUACGCGUAAAACAUUAUGUAUAUCUACUAUUGAGCAAACGAAUAAAACCUAAAUGUUUAGUAAUUAAUGUG